AUGGAAAUUAGGAACAACGUGACAGAAUUUGUUCUCCUGGGGCUCACUGGUAACCCAAGCAUGCAGAAAAUUGUAUUUGCUGUAUUUGUUGUCAUCUACAUCAUCUCCAUGGUGGGCAAUGCGCUCAUUGUGGUCACUAUCACUGCCAGCCCAUCGCUGGGAUCACCUAUGUACUUUUUCUUAGCUUAUCUCUCUUUUAUUGAUGCCUGUUAUUCCUCUGUCAACACUCCUAAAUUGAUCGUAGACUCACUCCAUGAAAAGAAGACAAUCUUAUUCAAUGGAUGCAUGACCCAGGUCUUUGGGGAGCAUUUUUUUGGAGGUGCUGAAGGCAUCCUGCUCACUGUGAUGGCCUAUGACCGCUAUGUGGCCAUCUGCAAGCCCUUGCACUACACAACUAUCAUGAGCAGAAGGGUGUGUGGUCUACUGGUAGGAGUGGUAUGGGUGGGAGGUUUUCUUCAUGCAACCAUACAGAUCCUGUUUAUCUUCAGAUUACCUUUCUGUGGCCCUAAUGUCAUUGAUCACUUUAUGUGUGAUCUGAAUCCUUUGCUCAAACUUGCCUGCACUGAUACCCACAUUCUGGGGCUCUUUGUUGCUGCCAAUAGUGGCUUUAUUUGUCUGUUAAACUUCCUCCUUCUAUUGGUCUCCUAUGUGGUCAUCCUGCGUUCACUAAGAAACCAUAGUGCAGAGGGAAGGCGCAAAGCCCUCUCGACAUGUGUCUCCCACAUAACAGUGGUUGUCUUGUUUUUUGUGCCCUGCAUUUUUGUGUACAUGAGACCUUCAGCCACGCUGUCUGUUGAUAAAGCAGUUGCUGUGUUCUACACGAUGAUAACACCAUUGUUAAAUCCUCUAAUCUACACCUUGAGGAAUGCUCAGAUGAAAGAUGCCAUUAAGAAAUUACAGAAAAGGGAUCUUGGAACUACAGCCACCAUUGUUACUACCAUCUCAUUGACGGCUGUUGGAGCUACCACCAGGGCAUUAGCCAUGAGUCAUACUGGGCAGAAGGCUCAGACCCUGAAUAAUCAUUUAGCCAAUGUAGCUCAUGCCUUAGUUGUACAUAAAGGAAUUAAUGCUCAACUAAAAGGAAGCUAGAUGGUGUUCAAUCAGAUUUGACCUCUUGCAGGAGCAAAUUGAUACCCUAUGUCAAAUCGCUCAACCUGGCUGUCAAUGAAAGUAUGCGGGACUUUGUGUCACUAGCAUACAACAUGAGAAUUUCUCCUGCGCUGCAAAUCUGUCUAAACAAUUGUUGAGCUAUAUUUUAGGUAAUUGGACUGGAGAAUUCGAUACUACGAUGGAGCAGCUGAGAGUGGCCAUUGUCACAGUAAAUUCUACCGGAGUGGACGCAGGACUAGCCACAGGA